GCUGAGAAAAGCCCGCUUUGACCUAUCGCAACUCAUUCGUUGUGUAAUAAGAGAGUUAGUGAAAGUUGCUUGCAAAAAGCAAGGGUUCUUCUACGCCGAAAACACAAAUCCUUUCAAACAUAGUCAUGCAAAUCUUCGUCAAAACUUUAACUGGGAAAACAAUCACCCUCGAUGUCGUACCCUCGGAGACGGUGUUGGACAUUAAGGGAAAAAUUGAACAGCGCGAGGGUAUCGAUCCAGAACAACAACGUAUUAUAUUUGCUGGAAAGCAGCUGGAGGAUGGGCGCAUCAUAUCGGACUACAAUAUUCAGCAUGGAUCGACGAUGCAUUUGGUGCUUCGGUUAAAAGGUGGCAUGCAGAUUUUCGUGAGGAU